CAGCGCUCCCACACCCUCACGCGCGCGCCCCAACCCGUCGCCUCCUCCACGCCCGGCCUGGAACAUGGCGGCCCUCAAACUCCUCUCCGCCCGGUCCCCGCUCUGCGCCUCCGCCCGCCUCACCGGGGGCGUCUGGUCCAAGGGAUGUGUUUGGUACUUUUCAACCAGCACACGUCACCACACCAAAUUCUAUACAGAUCCAGUGGAAGCUGUAAAAGACAUCCCUGAUGGCGCAACAAUACUGGUUGGUGGUUUUGGGUUAUGUGGAAUUCCAGAGAAUCUUAUAGGAGCCUUGCUGAAGACUGGAGUGAAAGGCCUGACUGCAGUCAGCAACAAUGCAGGGGUUGACAACUUUGGGCUAGGCCUUUUGCUUCGAUCCAAGCAGAUAAAACGCAUGGUCUCUUCAUACGUGGGAGAAAAUGCAGAAUUUGAAAGACAGUACUUAAGUGGUGAAUUAGAAGUAGAGCUGACACCUCAGGGCACGCUUGCAGAGCGGAUUCGUGCAGGUGGGGCUGGAGUUCCCGCGUUUUACACCAGCACCGGGUAUGGGACCCUGGUGCAACAAGGAGGGGCACCGAUCAAAUACAACAAGGAUGGCAGCAUUGCCAUUGCCAGUAAGCCGAGAGAGGUGAGAGAGUUUAACGGUCAGCAUUUUAUUUUGGAGGAAGCAAUUACAGGAGAUUUUGCUUUGGUGAAAGCGUGGAAGGCAGACCAAGCAGGAAACGUGAUUUUCAGGAAAAGUGCAAGAAAUUUCAAUUUGCCAAUGUGCAAAGCUGCAGAGACCACAGUGGUAGAGGUUGAAGAAAUUGUGGAUAUUGGAUCAUUUGCCCCAGAAGACAUCCAUAUUCCUAAGAUCUAUGUACAUCGCCUUAUAAAGGGAGAAAAAUAUGAGAAAAGAAUUGAGCGUCUAUCAGUCCGGAAAGAGAAGGAUGUAAAAACCAAAUCUGGUAAACCUGGAGAUAAUGUAAGGGAACGUAUCAUCAAGCGGGCAGCUCUUGAAUUUGAGGACGGCAUGUAUGCUAAUUUGGGCAUAGGAAUCCCACUUCUGGCCAGCAACUUUAUCAGCCCAAAUAUCACAGUUCAUCUGCAAAGUGAAAAUGGAAUCCUGGGUUUGGGUCCGUAUCCACUACAAAAUGAAGUUGAUGCAGAUCUAAUCAAUGCAGGCAAGGAAACAGUUACUGUUCUUCCAGGAGCCUCUUACUUCUCCAGCGAUGAAUCAUUUGCGAUGAUUAGAGGGGGACAUGUCAAUCUAACAAUGCUAGGAGCAAUGCAGGUUUCCAAAUAUGGUGACCUGGCUAACUGGAUGAUACCUGGGAAGAUGGUGAAAGGAAUGGGAGGGGCUAUGGAUCUAGUGUCCAGUGCGAAGACCAAAGUGGUGGUCACCAUGGAGCAUUCUGCAAAGGGAAAUGUACAUAAAAUCAUGGAGAAAUGUACACUGCCACUGACUGGAAAGCAAUGUGUCAACCGCAUCAUUACUGAAAAGGCUGUGUUUGAUGUGGACAGCAAAAAAGGACUGACUCUGAUUGAACUCUGGGAAGGCCUGACCGUGGAUGACAUAAAAAAGAGCACUGGGUGUGAUUUUGCAGUUUCACCAAAACUCAUGCCAAUGCAGCAGAUCACAACUUGAAAUGUGAAAUAGAUGUUUGUCCCAGACUGUGUGUUUUUCAUUUUAAUCACAUAGGAUUUCAUUGAAAGGGUAUCAGUAAUUAAUUGUGUGUCUCUUGUAAUUUUUGACUAGUUUUCUUCAAGCAUCUUCCACUGUAUUUAGCCAUAUAGACUUUGUUCUGUUAAGUGUGCUAUGACAUCUUAAUGAAAGGCAAAAAAAUAUAUAUAUAUAUAUAUAAAUAAUUAUCUUAUUUGUUUUAUAAGUGCCAAGAAGGCUUAUCUUUAAAAUAGGUGCUCACAUUGGAUUUGUCUUUAUCUUUUGUGGUAGGUACAUUAAAUUGUACCAGGAUGGACCCUUAGGAAGACUUUCAUUGAUGUGCCUUUCCUCCUAAAUCCUGACAGAGAAAAGAAUGAGGGAGAAAAAUAACUCCACCCAGAGUAUACCCAAUGCAGCAUGUUGUACCAGUCCUGAAUGAUAUGUGAAUUUUGAAUAGGAGAAAUGCUGUCUUAAUGAUUAUGUUUUUCUUUUGGCCUCCCCUGACUUCUGUUUUAGAGCCUCUGAUUUUGUGAUUGUAUCUUGUUUCCCUAAAGCUUCUCCUUCCACACUUCCUAUAACUAAAUAGUUGCUCAGUUAGGCAAACAGGAACGUCUCUGUAUGGGAGAGUAACUGGUUCAUGGGAGAGACCAAGGGGUAAAGGGUUUAUUGGUGCUGAUGUCCCACCAGGAAGUUGCCUUUAUAAACCAACCAUCGGUGCUUUGCCAAAGACCAAGGUUUAUUUUGACAAGAGGGUUUAAACCUAAUUGAUCUAGUCAGCUUUCUCAUUUUAAAAUAAUGCAGUAUUUCUGUGUAUCCAGAGAGGUCCCUAAAAGGCUUUCUCUAUGUUACUGAGGCCCAGUGGGCUACCCAAGAUGACCUCUUCGGGCACGAGGGGCAGUGGGAUAAUUUAUCCUAAGUCCAGUCACAAUGACAACAAAAUUUAAAUUUUUUCUUUCUCUUCAGGCUCUCUUACUUCUGUUCAGGAAAGUUUCUAAAUAUCGAAUGCCUUUUUCUAUAGAACACUGUUCUUUUUUCUGCCCAGGCUACUUCCUUGAAUAAAUUACUUUUAUUUAGCUUUAUCAAAAUAGAGGAAAUACUGAUGAGCAUCCAGGAUUUGAAGAGCCAAUGAACUUCUAUUGUUAGAAAAUAAACAUGGGGGACUAGGUUUUGUAAGGAACUUGUCCUCAUAGCAGUCCUUCUUACCACCCAGUUGCCUCAGGGGGUAUCCUAAGCAUCCUGGGUAUCAAAUGGGAGAAAAGUCCAGGCUCCCUAAAGACGGGUCAGACAGCUGUCCUCCAGACAGAGGUAGGCACAUAAACAGUGCAAUAUAAUUAUUGCUCUGGCACCAGAUAUAAGAAUUUAUGCAUAUGUUUAGGUGACAGUUAUUUAAACUCACUUUUCUUCAGGUAGGACUAUAAUUGCGUUAUGUAUGGUAUUGGAGGCGAGAGGCUUGUUUGGCCUCACAGUCUCUAUCUAAAAUAGUCUUAACUGACUGGCUGUGGGAUUGAAAGCUUAUUUUCCUAGUACUGACAAAAAGGACUCUUGGAAUUUGUGAGGUAGGAGAAUAAUACAUAUCUGUUAGAAUUAUAAUUUGAAAAAAAUGUAUGUUAUUGAUGGUUGCUAUAUUUGCAGACUUAGUUGCUUAUCAUUCCAGUCCAUUACUUUAGGAUAGUGUGGUUUGAAGUGUGUUCCCAACUUUGAGUGGCAGAACCUAUGAAGAUGACUUUAUAUUCUUGAUUAUCAAGAGUUCCAUGGAUAUUAAACACAUUAAAAAAUAGCAUAAAUAAUCAAAACUAUUGUAGAUCGCCGUGAUUGUCUUUUUUCUUGUUUGGGAAUGGUGUGACCAGUUAUGGGAAUAAUAUACUAGAGACUGGUGGAAAGACCAACAAUAAAUAGUUCACAUACUUUACUGCUUCAA